UCUGAACAUUUUACAGCUACUGGUCCGAAGAAAGAAUGGAUGCAGCAAAUUGCAGAUUUCCCAAACUAGGCAUGCAGUGGCUGUUGGCUAUCUUCAUGUAUCUGUUAACCUGGGGCUCCCCAGGAGUUCAUGGGUACCUCUUGAGGAGCUCCUCCAGGUGUAUGCUCAUUCCAAGAAGUAUGGCCUUGUGCUACGACAUUGGAUAUUCAGAGAUGCGCAUCCCCAACCUGCUGGAACAUGAGACUAUGGCAGAGGUGAUCCAGCAGUCUUCUAGUUGGCUGCCCUUGCUAGCCAGAGAGUGCCACCCAGAUGCCAGGAUCUUCCUCUGCUCACUCUUUGCACCUAUCUGCUUGGACAGGUUCAUCUACCCCUGCCACAGCUUGUGUGAAGCUGUUAGAAACAGCUGUGCUCCAAUCAUGGCUUGCUAUGGCUAUCCAUGGCCUGAAAUCCUGAACUGCAAUAAAUUCCCUGCGGAUCACAACUUAUGCAUUUCAACAAUCACUGAUGAAACCACUUCGAGCAGGAGACCAGUGCCCCGAGCCAGCUGUAGGGACUGUGAGCUCGAGGAAGCCAGCACCGCCAAGGAGAUACUGGAAAACGUCUGUGCCAAUGAUUUCACUGUGAAAAUCAGAAUCUCCAGGAAGAACACGACCUCCACCAUCUCUGCUUUUGACCUGGACUCCAAGCUGGAGGUUUUGAAGCACGGCCCCCUCCUCCGGGUGGAAAUCCACCCAAAACUGCAGCACUGGCUGGACCUAGAUGCCACCUGUGUUCACAACAUCAUGAGAAGUACACACACAGGAGUCUAUGUCAUCAGUGGAGAGGUGCAGAAUGACAAGGUGGUUGUAAACAAGGCCUAUGCAUGGCACAAGAAGAACAGGAACCUGCAGCUGGCUGUGCGGCGAUGGAAACAUCACCGGUGCCGUGCAUAGUCUGGCAGGAGAUUUCAGCAAUCUCUGCUCUACUGAUAGGAAAUUGCUCCCCUCCCUGUAUCUAGAAAACGAUCCGUGACAACCAGAGCUUUGGGGCUGUGGGUCAGUACAGUGGCUAUUUUUUAGCGGGAUUCAGUGUAGUCGAUAGCAAAGGUCUAGGGGCCAUACCACAGAGCAUUCCACUAGGGGAUUGCUAUACAACAUGUUCGUUAAUUAAGAGCUUAGGGAGUCACCUGUUGCUCCAAGAAAUGGAAAGACACAAACAUGCUGUGUUCUUCUUUAUCUCCUCCUGCACUGGAAACCCAGUUUCUAGUAGAUUUGGCAAGCUUGUGUAGUAGCAGGAAUAAGUGAAUUAAAGUCCUCAUCUUAGAAUGGACUGGAGGAGAUACCUAAUAGCUAUUCCCAUCUGUUCCCUUCACACUGAAACUGGUAGUAAUUUCAGUCCUGUGGUUUGUCCCUGAAACACAAGCUUGCUGUAGGUCCAGAGAUAUUACAAAGACAUUUCCACACACAGGUCACCUUGCUUGGUGGGACAUGUGGCCAGUAGCCGUACUCACCACUUGCAACUACCCCCCGGGGCUGCCUAUGUAAUGGCUAAAGUUUUAAAGGACACCUGUGAAGGAAACUGUUGGAUUUCUGCCCUUUUUACUUUCUGAUAGAAAAAGAUGGCCCCAAAAGGGUUAAUUUGAUAAGGGAAUUAAAAAAAAAAAAAAGAACACCAGUUGACCUAGGAAGACCCUGGUGACUGAAGAACUAGUGAUGUGAGGACUUCCCAAGAGUCAGGACAGAAAGCUGAACAACUGGGAGAUGAAGGGAUUUUUAGUCAGACUGUUUAAGAGUCUUUUUGUUAGUACCCACUUAAUCCCAGUGACUAGCAGGCAUUUUGGAGAAAGGAUGUCUCUCCUCAAGAUUCAAUACCCCCUCCUUCAGUGAAGUACAGUCUGAGACCAUUUGAGAAGUCCCCUGUCAAAACCUGGGAAGAUCAGACUCAAUGCUUCUGAUAUUUCAAAGGUUAAACAAAGCAGGGGGGGAAAAAAAACAUUAACUAUAUCCCUCCACAUCACCUUUCUUUAUCCAAGAGAGUCAAAAAUGGCAACAGGAGCAUUUUUGCAAAAUCCUUUGCAGAUCCCCUAUAUCAAAAGCAGCACUUACAGCAGCCAUCUUCAAGGACAGGUGUGGUUCUCCUGCUUUCCAGACAGGCAUUGCCAUCACUGUGGACCACAGGGCUUGAAGCAGAGCACAACAGCCAUGUGCAAACAGAGUGAGUGAGUUAGUUUUCCAGAAUUCCUGGUGAAAGUAAAUGUCAUGUCCAGAGGACUCCUAAACUAGAGCAAAUACAGUAAAUACAGGACUGAACUAGGGAAGCAAAGAAAACAAGCUUUGGGGGUAAAUGGGUCUUCCUUGUACAGUGAUAAUUGACAUGUUUACUUACAGUGUGAGGCUUGUUUUGUUUCUUGAUCAUUUUAACAACCAUCCAGUGUGCUGAGGGGAGAUGCAUGGAACAUUUGUUUGGACAGAGGUGCAUUUCAGAUACCAUUGUCUCUAAAUGCUCUUAAAGUGUUUCAUUAAUUGGCAACCAGAUUUUCUCUUUAGCUCUGGCAGUACCCGAGGUGAGGCUUGCGGCCCCAGGACUUUCCCUGUUUAAAUUCAGUUGGGGAAAUUGGUCACAUCCUGACAUUUGUGCAAAUUUAG